AAAAUUGAAAAGCAAAUGAAUUGCAAAAAGUAUGGCACGAAAGGAACACUACAAAGAACAAGUGGAAUAAAUUUGAUGAUUUUUGUUUACUUUUUUAGUGCAAAAAGAUAUACACAUUAAUAAAAAUGAUUCUUAAUUAAUAAUAGUAAAUUUGUAGUAAAAUGGAUUUUACCAAUCAAGUUUACUUCGAAAUUGAUAAACUUAUUUUAAACAAAUUAUAAACUCGAGCAUAUGAUAAGUUGUUUUUAGAGUUGAUAAGAUGUUAUGUCUUAUUUUCGAAAUUAAUUUUAAAGUGUUUUGAUAAUGAUAUUAAAUAAUUUCUCUCAUUUAUUACUCUUCAAAAAUCUAGAGAGAGAGAGCUAGAGAGAGAGAGGAGAGAGAAAAUGAGAACACGUGCAGAGAAGGUGGUAACUGCAGCAGGUGGCCUAAUUCCAAAGGCAAGAUUUCAUCGGUAACGUGUCUUUCUCCCACCUUUCCUUCAAUUCAAGCACAAGAAUCAAACCAACAAAGAACCAAAAAAAAUAAAACAAUAAACCCCAAUUUUAGAGAGAGAAAGAAAUUUCAAGAAAAAAAAAUCAGAAUCGAACUUACCUUUUUUCUUACUUUAGACCAGAAACAGCACAUCUGCAUGCAUGAAGAUGCCCUAAAGGCGCCAUCUUUCUUGAAUAAAGAGAGGCGAAAAGAGAGAAAUAAAGUGUCCGCCCAAUUAGUUUUUUUUUUGGUUUAAUUUUUAAAAUCGAUUGUUUGAAUUAGGGUUUUCUGAAUUUCACGCCACAGUUGUAACAAUGGCGGAGGUUCCAGUGGAUUUUGUGGUGGAAAUAGAGGGGGAUAACGACGGAGAUGGGGAAGUAGUGUGUAUUACAGAGGAUGAAUCAAAAACCCUCGAGGAUAUUAUUGGAAUUUCACAUAAAGAUCAUCCCACUUCUAAUUCUUCAGGAUCUAUCGACAGGAAUCCGCCUCGUCAGAAAUUCGAGUGCGUGGAGAAAUCAAUUGAAGACCAAUCAAACCCAUCCUCCAGUCAUCUUACUGCGAUCGAGAAAAACAAUUCAAACCACUCUCGUUUUGUUCUGGCAAAAAAGUUCUUAGAUGAUAAAAUCCCCAUAAAAAAGAAGCUGAAAUGGUUGAAGAAAUAUGCGACCGUUCAACAAGAUGGGACUGUGAAAUUCGAAGUACCGGGAGAUGUUAAACAUCAAACUCUCGAUUUCGGCACUGGAGUAAUAUAUGAUGGUGAUAAUAUUAUAGAUAAAGUAAAUGCAGAUACUACGGAAGAUGCUUUGUUCUUGCCUCCACUUCAAAUAGUGAUGCUAAUUGUCGGAACUAGGGGAGAUGUACAGCCGUUUGUUGCCAUUGGAAAACGCUUACAGGCAGAUGGUCAUAGAGUGAGAUUAGCGACUCACUCGAAUUUCAAGGAAUUUGUCUUAUCUGCCGGAUUGGAAUUUUUCCCUCUCGGUGGAGACCCGAAAGUCCUCGCUGCUUACAUGGUGAAGAAUAAAGGGUUCUUGCCGUCUGGACCGUCUGAAAUACCUAUACAACGGAACCAAAUAAAAGAUAUUAUUUUUUCCCUACUUCCUGCAUGCACAGAUCCCGAUCCCGACACGAAUGUUUCGUUCAAAGUCGAUGCAAUAAUCGCCAAUCCACCUGCAUAUGGGCACACACAUGUUGCCGAGGCGUUGAAAGUACCACUACACAUAAUAUUCACUAUGCCGUGGACUCCCACGAGUGAAUUUCCACAUCCUCUUUCUCGUGUUAAGCAGCAAGUUGGUUACAGAUUAUCGUAUCAAAUUGUUGAUUCACUAAUCUGGCUGGGAAUACGCGAUAUGAUAAACGAAUUCAGAAAGAAAAAACUAAGACUAAGGCCUGUGACGUAUUUAAGCGGCUCGUAUAGUUCUCCUCCGGAUAUUCCUUACGCAUAUAUUUGGAGUCCUCACCUUGUUCCUAAACCAAAAGAUUGGGGACCGAAAAUUGAUGUGGUGGGAUUUUGUUUCUUGGAUCUUGCUUCGAAUUACGUACCGCCGGACUCACUUUUGGAGUGGCUUAAAAACGAUAAAGAGCCUAUUUACAUUGGUUUUGGAAGUCUUCCUGUGUGGAUCCCGAAAAGAUGACUCGGAUAAUUGUACGAGCUCUUGAAAUUACGGGACAACAAGUGGUAUCAUUAACAAAGGAUGGGGUGGCUUGG